GCAAACGAUCUUGAAUAAAUAGGCAUUCAAUGAUGGCACAGCCUGCGACCCUGGCAUCUGAAUAUUCGAAUGAAGUUCCUCUUCAACCAAUAGAGCACAGAUUCAAUCCCUAUACUGAUAAUGGUGGUACCGUCUUGGGAAUUGCAGGAGAGGACUUUGCCGUCUUAGCAGGUGAUACCAGAAGCACAUCCGGCUACAGUAUAAAUACACGUUACGAGCCAAAAGUCUUUGAUGUUGGAAACAAUCUCCUGUUGACAGCCAAUGGGUUUGCUGCAGAUUCUGCCCAAUUGAUCAAAGUGUUUAAAAACCAACUGGAAUGGUACCACUUUGACCACAACAAGCCAAUGAGCACACAGAGCGCAGCCAGAUUCAUACAGCAUCUUCUCUAUGGAAAACGGUUUUUUCCUUACUACGUCCACACGAUUUUGGGAGGAUUGGAUGAGGAAGGCAAAGGUGCUAUUUACUCAUUCGACCCUGUGGGAUCCUACGAAAGAGAGCAAUGUCGUGCAGGAGGGGCAGCGGCCUCUUUGAUUAUGCCGUUUCUGGACAACCAAGUUAAUUUCAAAAACCAGAUGGACCCUGCAAGUGAUGGCAAAAAACGGAAACCAUUACGUUUCCUUUCAUUGGAAGAAGUCAUACAACUGGUGAGGGAUGCAUUCAGUUCUGCCACCGAAAGACAUAUACAGGUUGGUGAUGGAUUGGAAAUUUUGAUUGUGACUAAAGACGGAGUGAGGACAGAGUACUAUCCACUCAAGAGAGAUUGAAGAUAUGUAAGUUUAUUGAGGUAGAUUGAAACCGAUGUUCUUGAUAACUUUUUGGUAGUAAACAUAGAAGAAGUCUGAAUACACCAGUGUCUGAAUAAUACCCGUCGUCAGUGCCAACUUAUCCAAAUGUCCUUCGGCGAAAUAUCUGUAGAACCAGUUUGGGAUAUACAAUGCUCUGUAAAGACCCAAUGCGAAAAUGUAAUGGAUAGUAAGCAAUUCAGACUCUCCACUCUUCUGGAGCAUGAACAAUUGCGGUAGAAUGCACACAGAUUCAAGCCAAAGACUGAAACUCCACAAAACCUCGGUGAUGGUGAACUUGUGGUUGAAAAUCAGACCAAGGACAAAAGAUGGCGCAAUCAAGUAUUGAAUCUUGAAAUCAUCACUGUACUCUCCGAUGUUCUUGGUGAACUUUUUAAGCAGAAAAAUCGUGUAGAUAGACGACGAAAUAAAGAAUAUCUUCAUAAGAGUAUUGUACAGCGACACGUAACUGUAAAACAGAUCCAAGUAUCUGGUCACAAACACUAAAGCGUACAAGAUGUUAGUUUUCAAGGAAAUGCCUUUAGCAGACUUCCUCGUCCAAAUUGUGUGAAGUAGAAUGAAGAUAGAUGCCAAAUGGCUCAGAUCUCCGGCAAUUCGGAAUAUAUUCAGCAUUUCUCUACGCUUCUU